GGUGCACGGACAGGCAGCAACACGUUCAAGCAACACACCACUGCCUGUCUGCCUGCCUCCAGCACCCCCCACCCACCACAGCCCAACCGCCACAAUGGCCGAAAAGCAACAUCAACAUCCCCCGUCCGAGGCCUCGUCGACCACCGUCGCCGACGCGCCCCUCGAGAAGGUGCACACGCACUUCGCCUCCAGCAAGGCCGACGCCCCAGCGCCCGCCCACGCGCCACUCACGCGCACGACGACCGGCCGCUCCAUCCGCUCCGUGUCGGCGCGCAACGCGCCCGACCUGUCGUUUCCCUACCUCACCUCGGACCCGUCCGAGGGCGUGACGGGCGAGUACCAUGCCGAGACGGAGCGCGGCUACAUCACCGCCGACGACCCCGAGUUCGGCCUGCGGCCCAUCCUGUCUGCGUCGACGCGCCACUCGGUCGCCACGGAGGGCUUCGCCCGCGUCAAGUCCCGCCUCGACGACAAGAAGCUCGUGACCUGGACUCCCGGGGACAAGGAGAACCCCUGGGAGUGGAGCCACGCGCGCCGGUGGUUCUACACCGCCAUCGUCGCCGCCGCCGUCAUGGAGGUCGCACUUUCUUCUGCCAUCGUCACCGGCGACUUUGGCGGCCAGGAGCGCCACUUCCACGUGUCCGCCGAGGUCAUGGCGCUGACUGUCACGCUGCCAGUGUGCGGCUUCGGUAUCGGCCCGCUGCUGUGGUCGCCGCUCUCCGAGCUGCUCGGCCGCCGCCCGCUCUGGAUCGCCCCUUGGUUCGUGUACAUCCUCUUCAACAUCCCGUGCGCGCUUGCGCCCAACAUUGGCUGCCUGCUCGUCUCGCGCUUCCUGUGUGGCUUCUUCGGCUCGGCGCCCCUCACCCUCGCGGGCGGCACGAUCGCCGACCUCUGGAACCCCGAGGAGCGCGGCUUCGCCAUCGCCAUCUUCGCCGCUGCCCCGUACACUGGUCCCGUGCUUGGCCCCCUCAUCGGCGGCUUUAUCGGCAAGUACGCCGGCUGGCGCUGGCUCUACUGGGUCAACAUGAUCGCCGCCGGCGUCGUGUUCAUCUUCAUCUGCAUCCUGCCCGAGACCUUCGCCCCCGCGCUCCUCAAGAAGCGCGCCGCCAAGAUGCGCGCCGAGACCGGCGACGAGAGCUUCGUCACUGAGCAGGAGGUCGCCCGCCGCCCCCUCGGCGAAAUCGUCACCGAGACCCUCGUCCGCCCCUUCCAGAUGCUCGCGACCGAGCCUAUUCUCCUCCUCAUGUCGCUUUACAUCUCGCUCGUCUACGGUCUGCUCUACGCCUACUUCUUCUCGUUCCCCGUGGUGUUCGUCGAGGGCUACGGCUGGGACGACGCCAAGACCGGCCUCACCUUCUGCGGUGUCUUCAUCGGUGUCGGCCUUGCGCUCUGCACCACCCCCUGGCUCGAGAGGAAGUACAAGGCCGCGGGUCCCAACCCCACGCCUGAAGACCGCCUCCCCGGCAUGCUUAUCGGUGGCCCCUGGGUCCCUAUCUCGCUGUUUAUCUUCGGCUGGACCUCGCCUCCUUACGUGACGCCUCACGGCGCCAGCUGGGUCGGUCCGACCAUCUCGGGAAUCCCGUUCGGCUACGGAAUGGUGCUUGUUUACUUCGCCGCCAAUGCUUUCCUCAUCGAGUGUUUCCCUGCGUACGUCGCCUCAGCCCUCGCCGCCAAGACUGUGGUCCGUUCAGCUGCCGGCGCGGUGAUGCCCCUCUUCAUCCCGCAGAUGUUCCGUCGUCUCGGUAACGGUGGCGCCGCGUCUCUGCUCGCCGGUAUCGCCAUAAUCAUGGCCAUGGUUCCAUGGGCCUUUGUCCGCUGGGGCCCGGCCAUCCGCGCCCGCUCGAAGCGCGCUGCGGCGUAAAGAGCAGAGCACGACGGGGUGAGCGAUCACCGGGUAACUCGCAACACCGCGCCCCGCGCGAUGUAUAAUACCGCACACGACAUACCUAAUACUAGAUUACAUAGAGCACGGACAAUGCACAUAUAGCAUUUG